AUGUUACUCCACAGCCUGACUUCUCGCUCUGUGCCCAGAGUAUACAGACCAUUAUUGUCUCCGAUAGCUUUCAAUAAUGCAGGACAUUCGAUUGGCUCAUUAGGUCUUUCAUGGCCGUCUCUGCUCCAGAAACGAGCGGCAAUAACUCCAGCGAUCGCAGUCCAUAAGAACCUGGUAGGCAAACAACUGACUUUCAAAAGAGCCCUUUUCGUAGAUUGUCGACCAAAACGAGGUGUUAUAUCGCAAAAACAUUUCCAGCAAAGCUUUCGUCAAGGAGUCCAGAGGGCAUACACGCGAAUUUAUGGACCUCCCAAAACCCCUCGGGCAUUUGUUCUGUUGACAGUGGCGGGAGCUGUGAUUUUGCUGGUAGUUGUGCUCCCGUUUGUACUCACGUUCUUCUUCCCCUUGAUCAUUGCCGGGAUUGUUGGUUUCCAGCUCAAGAGGCGCAAGACCAGCGCGAUGAUGGCAGAGCUUCAUCGAAGUCUUCAAACAUCUAAUAGAAACAUCAGACAUAGUACAAUACUGGGAAUUCAAUCAAAGGCGUUUGAGUCGAUAUUCCAGCAAGAACAUUUCCCCAAUGGCAUGUUUGGUGGUGUUUUGAACGAGUUCAAAAGCCGCCGGCUCGAUACGGCCAAGACGCGUCGCGAGGUCGAGGCAAUGUUCAGCUACGUGAACUCCAGGGUUCUCGAUGCCUUCAAAGUCAACGAAUCUGGAGUGCGGGACUGCUUUCUGGGAACCGAUGUUUCAAGCUGGAUCGAUAACAGCUACGAUUUAGAAAUUAAAUUCGAUAUUCCGCAGACUCGUGGAAAGAUCGUGGAAGGCGUGUUAGUGAUGAACAUCGAAUUUCCUUUGCUGCUGCGGUCCUCAAACCAAUCUUCCAAGCAAUUGGCGACGGUAGCUAUUGCAUUUCAAGAUCGCAGCUUGGCAAAUGAAAAUGUGGCAUCUUUCGAAAUUUUCAAGGACCUUGCUCGCAUGGACAAAGAGUGCCCAAUGGUUUUAAGCAUUCGGCCGUACCGCACCCUUUCUUCGCGAUUGUUCAUCCUGCAAGACACAGGCAAAGGCCUGUUUUCUGUGAAGAAGACCAAUGAUGGACAUCGGGAGUUCACAUACAAUGGGUAA